AUGCCAAACUUCUGUACAGGCUGUCGCAAUAAAUUACCAGUUAAAGAUUUUAUGAUUUGUCAUCAAUGCAAGCGUAGUUAUGAUCUCCUAUGUGCAAAUAUCUCGCCUAAUAAAUUCAAGUCGCUAUCUAAUGAAAGCAAAAUUAACUGGAAGUGCCAUAGAUGUCGUAACAAGAUGCCAAAAAUAAAUAAUACCAAUACGCCUAUUAUUAGACCACCACUAAACAGUCAGGUUGAUUGUGUAUUAAAAGAUUGCGGGACUUCCUUAGAUAUCGAUAAUGUUACAAUUCGAAGUAAUAGCACCAAAUUGCAAAACGAUAUUUUAGCCAGCAACUCUGUUAUAAAUGCAGAAUCGCUUCGUGGCAUCUUGGAGAGUUUCAAAUCAGAUUUGUCAACGGUUAUAACCAAAAAUAUAUCCGAUAUGAUAACUGAAAGGUUGAAGGAUAUCAACAAAGAAAUAAGUGGAUUUAGAGAGGCUAUUACCUUUUUUAAUGAACAGUACGAAGACCUAAAAAAGCGUCUUGAUGAUAGCGAAGUCACCAUUCAUAAGCUAAAAUCGAACAAUGAUCAUUUGAAUUCUACAGUUAACGAUUUAACUAAAAGGUUGAACCUUGCGGAACAAUUUAUGCGAGAGAGUAAUAUCGAAAUAAACGGCCCUCCUGAACAUAGCAAUGAAAACCUUGUGAACACUUUUGGUCAGUUAGCUAAGACAGUGAACGUCAAUUUCUCGAAUGACGAUAUAGUUCAAGUUACUCGCGUUGCUAAAUUCAAUAAGGAAAAUAAGAAACCACGAACCGUUAUUGCCCGACUUCGCACUCCACGCCACCGCGACACGCUACUAGCUGCCGUCCAAAACUUCAACAAGAAAAACCCCGAAAACAAACUUAAUUCUCAUUAA